GCGGGAGACUUUCCGCCAUUUUUUGAAAACCGGGAGGGUCCGGAGCGAAGUGUAGCCGCCGCCGCCGCGAUGGCAGCCUUUGCCGUGGAACCCCAGGCAACCACGUUGGGAUCUGAACCAAUGAUGCUGGGUUCGCCCACAUCUCCAAAACCAGGGGUUAAUGCCCAGUUUUUACCUGGAUUUUUAAUGGGGGAUUUACCAGCACCAGUGACUCCACAACCUCGAUCAAUUAGUGGCCCUUCAGUAGGAGUAAUGGAAAUGAGAUCACCUUUAAUUGCAGGGGGGUCACCACCACAACCAGUUGUACCAGCUCAUAAAGAUAAAAGUGGAGCUCCACCAGUUAGAAGUAUAUAUGACGACAUUUCUAGCCCAGGACUUGGAUCAACACCUUUAACCUCAAGAAGACAGCCAAACAUAUCAGUAAUGCAGAGUCCUCUUGUUGGAGUUAUGACAGCUACUCCUGGAACAGGGCAAAGCAUGUUUAGUCCAGCAAACAUUGGUCAGCCACGAAAGACAACGUUAUCUCCUGCGCAGCUGGAUCCUUUUUAUACUCAAGGAGACUCUCUGACGUCUGAAGAUCACCUCGACGACACAUGGGUAACUGUGUUCGGGUUUCCUCAGGCAUCUGCUUCCUAUAUAUUAUUACAAUUUGCACAAUAUGGGAAUAUCUUAAAACAUGUGAUGUCUAAUACUGGAAAUUGGAUGCAUAUCCGUUAUCAAUCUAAACUGCAGGCUCGGAAAGCCUUAAGCAAAGAUGGGAAGAUUUUUGGCGAGUCCAUCAUGAUUGGUGUAAAACCAUGUAUAGAUAAAAGUGUUAUGGAAAACAGUGACAGGUAUGCUGUAUCAUCUUCAUCUCUAGCCUUUACACCACCAAUCAAAACCUUAGGAACACCAUCCCAGCCUGGGAGUACUCCUAGGAUUUCUACCAUGAGACCUCUUGCUACAGCAUACAAAGCUUCUACUAGUGACUAUCAGGUCAUUUCUGACAGACAGACGCCAAAAAAAGAUGAAAGUCUUGUAUCCAAAGCAAUGGAGUACAUGUUUGGCUGGUAGUAUAGUGAGAGCUAAGAACUCAACCAACUACAAAGGAAGAGGCUGCUACACUAA